AUGGCCUUUCUUCGCACCCCAAUCGUGGUCUUGCUAGCGCAGAUACUGCUCUUUCUGGGCCUUGUCAAUGCAGUUCCUACCCCAGAGGCUCUCGAUUUGCAUGCAAAUCUAGCUAGAGAUACUGCGUCAAGCUACUGGGUGGCUAAUAUUAAGCGUCAAGGAGCAGUGGCUUUUGGCCAGAGCUCAGGUUAUCAGGUUUACCGCAAUGUGAAGGACUUUGGCGCCAAAGGCGACGGAGUAACCGAUGAUACUGCGGCGAUCAACCAGGCCAUGUCUUCCGGUAACCGGUGCGGAAAGGGAUGCGAUUCCUCUACCACCACUCCCGCUCUGGUCUACUUUCCUCCCGGUACAUACAUUGUCUCGAAGCCCAUCAUCCAGUACUACUACACUCAGAUCGUCGGUGAUGCCAUUAAUCUUCCUGUGAUCAAAGCAUCCGCCGACUUUACAGGCAUGGCGGUGAUUGAUGCCGACCCGUACGAGAAUGACGGCUCAAACUGGUACACCAACCAGAACAACUUCUUCCGCGCCAUUCGCAACCUUGUCAUCGACCUCAGGGCCAUGCCUAUGAGCUCCGGUGCUGGUAUCCACUGGCAAGUGGGUCAGGCAACCAGCUUGCAGAACAUCCGCUUCGAGAUGAUCAGGGGAGGAGGCGACGCCAACAAGCAGCAAGGUAUCUUCAUGGACAACGGCUCCGGUGGUUUCAUGUCCGACUUGACCUUCAAUGGUGGCAACUACGGCAUGUUCGUUGGCAACCAGCAGUUCACGACCCGCAACCUGAGCUUCAACGACUGCAACACGGCUGUUUUCAUGAACUGGAACUGGGCCUGGACCUUCAAGUCCAUCUCCAUCAACAACUGCCAGGUCGGUCUCAACAUGUCCAACGCCCCUCAGAACCAGACAGUUGGCUCCGUUCUCCUGCUCGACAGCUCGGUUACCAACACUCCCACUGGCGUUGUCACCGCGUUCACUCAAGACAGUAUUCCCGUCGGCGGCGGGGUGUUGAUCCUUGAGAAUGUCGAUUUUACCGGCUCCAAUGUGGCCGUUGCCGGUAUCUAUGGGAACACUAUCCUCAAAGGCGGAUCUGUUGUGGCUAGCUGGAUCCAGGGUAACACCUACAGUCCAACGGCGUCUCUCAACAAGCGCGCCACUCAGCCCAAGGUUCGCGUGGUGACAGAGACGGUUGUCGAGACCGUUGUUGCUUGUCCUGCGCAGUACAGUGAGACCCUAGAAUCCGCCCCGGCAAGAACGGCGCCUGCGGCAGCAUCGACAGAGGCUCGCCAAUCCAAUGCAGAUGCUUCCGAGUCGACUCAGGUAGCAGGCCAGCUCAGUGCAGCCAUGACUACGCCUGUAGUGUAUCCCACUCUGUCUGGCGGCCUUUCCAGACCUGGUUUUGGUUCUGGUUCGACCAUCAGCUCUCAAGUGUCGUCGAGUAAAAAUCCACCUGCCCCGCCUGCGGAAACUGUCGCUGCCGGAAAGCCUUCAGUAGCUCCAUCUGGUGGCGGCUCCGCCGGAGAGACGCCUGUCGUCGUUCCAAAUGCUCCGCACACCACGAGCACUAAGCCAGAUAUUCCCACUGGGCAGGUAUCCGCCUCCUCGGCCACGGCCGCUUCGACAGCCGUGGUCCACAGUGCCGGUGCAUGCGCGAGCAAGGCAAUCACCAAGACGCGUGUUCAGACCGUCAUGCCUCAAGCGACCAAGCCAAGCUCUUUAUUGAAUGGCCCGAAAGUGUUUGAGCGAUCCAAGCCGCUGUAUACUGAAUACGCCGCUUCGUCCUUUGUGAGCGUCAAGUCGGCUGGUGCCAAGGGUGAUGGCCAAACCGAUGACACCGCCGCCAUCCAGAAAGUGCUGAAUAGCGUGACGGAAGACCAGAUCGUCUACUUCGAUCACGGUGCCUACAUCAUCACCGACACUAUCAAAGUGCCCAAGAACAUCAAGAUCACCGGUGAGGUCUGGCCCCUUCUCAUGGCUCACGGCGACAAAUUUGCCGACGAAAAGAACCCAAUUCCCCUUCUUCAGAUUGGUCAGCCCGGCGAAAAGGGCUCUGUGGAGAUCAGCGACCUCGCCAUCCAGACCAAGGGCCCGGCGCCCGGUGCAAUCCUGAUGGAAUGGAAUGUUGCCGAAGCCAGCCAGGGAUCUGUGGGUAUGUGGGAUGUGCACUUCCGCAUUGGCGGCUCCGCGGGCACGGAACUGCAAAGCGACAAGUGCUCCAAGACGCCCAAGAUGACCACAACCCCCAACCCGGAGUGCAUCGGCGCGUUCCUGCUGCUGCACAUCACCGAGCAGGCCAGCGCCUACAUCGAGAACGCUUGGUUCUGGACGGCGGACCAUGAGCUCGAUCUGGCGGACCACAACCAGAUCAACGUCUACACCGGCCGUGGCGUCCUGGUUGAGAGCAAUGGACCCGUCUGGUUGUAUGGCACGGCCUCGGAACACCACCAGCUGUACAACUACCAGGUCGCAAACGCGCAGAACGUGUUCAUGGCCUUGAUCCAGAGCGAGACGCCAUACUACCAGUCCAACCCCGACGCACUGACACCCUUCACGCCCCAGACCACAUGGAACGAUCCCACCUUCUCCCACUGCACGACCGCCUCGUGCCGCAAGGCCUGGGGUCUGCGCGUGAUGAACACCUCGGAUCUGUUCGUGUACGGGGCGGGUCUGUACAGCUUCUUCGAGAACUACGGCCAGACAUGCUUGGACACCGAGUCGUGCCAAGAAAACAUGGUGGAGGUUGACUGCUCGAAUGUCCAUCUGUACGGACUGAGCACCAAGGCCAGCGUCAACAUGAUCACCUCGUCUACCGGCGCGGGUAUUGUGCCGCAGGACGAGAAUGAGAGUAACUUUUGCUCUACUAUUGCUCUCUUUGAACAAUCGUGA